AUGGGCUUUUUCUCAAAUCAGUUGGACCUCAUGUUUGACAUCUGGAAGGAUGUAAGUGGGAAUGUUUGCUAUUGUGUGAAAUCGGUGGAUAGAGAUUGGAAGGUAUUGUCAUCAACAAACGUACAGUACAAAUCUUGCAAAAUAGACAACAAGAUUGUACAAAUGACAGCAUUUGGGUUUCUUGCUUUCUUCCCCAAUUCUAUUUCAAUAUCCACUUACCUUAGAGUUUUGAGAAAAUGUCAACCGAUUUCAGCAACAGAAAUUACACUUGAAGAACUUCAGAAGGUAAAAACGGGUUUGCACUGUCUUCACCAGACAUCAACUAUAUACUCGGGGCGUGCUAAAAACGGACACCUGAGGAAGAAGAUUGCCCAUAUUGAUUGUACUCAAAGAGCUAUUAAAAUAAUGGAAGAUGCAAAAAGUCCUGGUGUUGUUAUAAAUUUGAGUUCAGCAUCAGGGGGUGUGGUUAUGUUUAUCGGAUCGCUUUCAACCUACAACGGAAAGGGUAUUUGUGUCGAUGUGCUUUGCCCUGAGGGUGAUAAGAGCAGUGUCUCUUCAUUCUUUAAUGGUUUACAAGUAGAUGAGAAACUUUGGUGAUGGAUUGUCUAAAAAUGGAAAUUUUAUAUCUUGGAAACUGUUUUAAAUGUCACUUUUUAUUGUUCAAUUCAUUGUUACAUUUUUAGGUUCAUAUAUACAUGCAAUAAUUCUCUCUUUGGUUAUUUAUAUACAUUACCAACUUUACCCUUUUGAUGUUGUAGGGGAAUAAUGCUUACAACAUUGACAGAUGCAUCCAAUGCAAGACAUCCAUAUCUGCAGUUUUGCACAUAGAAGUUGUUCGUCAAGAUGCAAGUUUCAUUAAUAAGAAAUUAGCAAUCUAUCCACCUCCUCAUAAAAAUCUUUUGUAAACAUACACAUAUUAUAAUUCUAUCAGUGUACCAACCUUAUUCAAUUACUCUAGCAACCUUCUGUUCAUC